AUGUUCGAACGCCAUUUCGAUCCUUCGACUCGGUGGUAUCAAGAGCUGGACAGGGACGAUAUCAACUUCUACUUUGAAGUCCAGGUCAGGCGAGCCUACGGCAAACCCGACCCAAAGCGCAGAAUCUUGCUAGAACAGAUCACUUGCUUCGAGGUCUCCGAGUUAUGGUAUGAGAAAGCAACCCCAGAGGCCCAAACUGAUGACGAGGACAUGACGGAUGACGAGGAAUGUAACGGCAAAGUCACACAUCUCGCGGCCGCAGCGCAGCGGAUGAAGGCUUCGAUUACAUUGCCAGCAAGCGCACUGGCACAGAGACAGAGAGUUGGGACAAUGAUCAUGUCGGCAAAGAAGGGCUCGACUCAGGCAUGGCAAAACGUACAGGCAGAGGCAUAA